CGUAACCUCGAUAACAAAUCGACGACCAUCACAUGCGUCAGAUAUGUAUAUAUCAUCAGACUUACAAAAAGUUGAUUCGCAAGGUGUAACGAACGUAGAACAGAAAACCACCACUAAACAAGUUAAACAACGAUUAACGAUAAGAACAUUAAGACCACAGAUGUCACAUGAUACAUUGAAACCAAACUC